UUGAUAGACAGAUAGAUAGAUGGAUAGAUACUAUAAUACUAACAUAUGAAAAGGUAUAUUCAUGUUUUUUUAUAUGUCAGGAGAAUAUUAUAUCAGUGAUUAUUUGAUUUGACAAGAUUUGCAUUAGUUACUAAGGCAACACAUACACACAAUCAUAGAUACAUGUAUAUCAACUAAAAAAAUUUUUUAAAAAAAACAAACUGUUUUUAAAAAUUAAAACUUGAUUCAUUAUUAAAUUUGAUUAAAAUUAAUUCAUUGUAUCAACAAAAUUAAAGUUAAUUCAUUUAAAUAUUUAUUAAAAUUAUACAAUAUGAAAUUAUCACUAAGUGAACAAGGAUGGAAUCGAUUAUUUCUUAUUAUAAAUGGUGUUUUCUUGAUAUAUAGUAUUAUUUUAUUUGCAUUAGGUAUUAAAGCACAAGAUGAUUUAGGACAUUUCAAAACAAUAUUACAAGGAAUUAAUCCACCUAUAUUACCAACAAUUAUAUUUACAGGAUUUAUUGGUAUAAUUGGUUCAAUUACUGGUUAUUGUAAAAUAAUGAAACCAAAUCAAAUUGUUAUUAUAUUGCAUAUCACUUGUAUAACUAUAGCAACAAUUACUGAAUUAUGUAUAUCAUUAGGUACAAUAAUGACACCAAAUGAAUUUAUUACAAAUGUUAAUUAUACAUUAAAGAAUUCACUGAAUUAUUAUGAUAUACAUCCAUUAUAUUUUGAACAAUUUGAACGAUUACAAACUAAUUAUAAAUGUUGUGGAAGUUCAAUGUUUACAGAUUAUCGAAGAACUAAUGAUACUUUACCAGCAAGUUGUAAAAAUAAUAAUGAUUCUAUUUAUAUUGUGGGUUGUGCUGAAGUAUUAAAUAAUUACACUUAUAAAUAUAUCGAUGGAAUAUUGGCUUUAUGUUUUAUAUUUACAAUGAUUAAAAUUAUUUAUAUAAUAAUUUCAAUUUGGAUGAUACGUAGAUCAUCUCAUGGAAAAGAUCCACAUAUUCUUGAAUGUUGUUAAAAGAAAUUCACAGUGUUUUCAUAUUUUUGAUUGAAGAAGAAAAAAAAAGAAAAGAAAAAAAACUUUUUUUCUCAAAAAAACCCAAUUCAAUCAAUAUCAUUCCAAUAAAAUUGAUCAUUAUUGAUUAAAUUAUUUAAAAUAAAACAAUUUAUUUAUUUACUUUUAAUAUCCAAUGACAGAUCAUUUAACAUUAAGGGGGGGAUGUGUCCCUUUUUUUUCAUAUUUCAAAUGAAUAUCAUUACAUAACAUUACAUCAUAUUGUUAUUACAUCAUAUCAUUUGUUUGUUUGUUUUUUGUUUCUUAUUCAAUAUUAUUAAUAGUACAGUCA